CCGCCCUUUCCUCCUCCUCCUCCUCCUCCUCCGCGAGGGCCCGGCCGUCACUCUGCGCCCCGCCCCGAGGCCGGGGAUGCGCUGCCCGGCGGCCGCUCUUCGGAGCUGCGCGGCCGGCGGGGAGGGGGAUGGAGGUGGAAGAGGCGUUCCCGCUGGUGGGGCAGAUGGGGCCCUACCAGGUGUAUCUGUGCGUCCUGCUGGCCGUACUCCUUCAGCUCUAUGUGGCCACUGAAGCCAUCCUCAUUGCGUUGGUGGGUGCGACACCUCCUUACCAUUGGGAUCUCCAAGAGCUCUCAGCUAAUCAGAGCCAUAGCAACCAGUCAGCAAGUGAGCAGAGAGCUUUUGGGCAAUGGCUUCUGACCGCCAAUGGCAGCGAGAUGCGUAAGCACGUACACUUCAGCAGCAGCUUCACAUCCAUAGUCUCUGAGUGGUUUUUAAUUGGAAACACCUCAUACAAAGUCAGUGCUGCCAGUUCUUUCUACUUCAGUGGUGUGUUUGUUGGAGCAAUCUCCUUUGGCCAGCUUUCAGAUCGCUUUGGGAGGAAGAAAGUCUAUCUCACAGGUUUUGCUCUUGACAUCUUGUUUGCCAUUGCAAAUGGACUCUCACCCUCAUAUGAAUUCUUUGCCAUCUCUCGCUUCUUGGUAGGGAUGAUGAAUGGUGGGAUGUCACUGGUAGCCUUUGUUCUACUGAAUGAGUGUGUGGGUACUGCCUACUGGGCGUUAGCAGGAUCUAUUGGUGGCUUGUUCUUUGCUGUGGGAAUUGCCCAGUAUGCUUUAUUAGGCUACUUUAUUCGUUCCUGGAGGACUUUGGCUGUUGUGGUUAACAUGGAAGGAACAGUUGUCUUUCUUCUCUCUCUAUUCAUUCCAGAGUCCCCACGCUGGCUUUAUUCACAAGGGCGGCUGAAUGAAGCAGAAGAUGCCCUCUACCUCAUUGCGAAGAGGAACCGCAAGCAAAAGUGCACUUUUUCAUUAAAACUCCCAGCAGAGAGGAGCUCCAGAGAGACUGGCAGCUUCUUGGAUCUGUUCCGAUACAAGAUUCUCUUGGGACGCACCUUGAUCAUGAUGUUUACCUGGUUUGUGUGCAGUUUGGUUUACUAUGGUCUUACCCUUAAUGUGGGUGACUUAGGUGGAAGUAUUUACGCCAAUUUAGCCCUUUCAGGGUUGAUAGAAAUCCCAGCAUACCCAAUCUGUAUUUACUUGAUUAACCAAAAAUGGUUUGGUCGGAAGCGAACACUGAGUGCAUUUCUGUUCCUGGGAGGACUGGCUUGUCUUAUUGUCAUGUUUCUUCCUAAAAAGAAAGAUACUGGAGUGUUUGCAGUAGUGAAUAGUCGCUCUCUGUCUUUGCUGGGGAAACUGACAAUCAGUGCUGCAUUUAACAUUGUCUACAUCUACACAUCAGAACUUUAUCCCACAGUGAUCAGGAAUGUUGGAAUGGGUGCCUGCUCCAUGUUUUCUCGUGUUGGUGGAAUCAUUGCACCUUUCGUCCCCUCAUUGAAAUCUGUACAGUGGUCUCUGCCUUACAUUGUGUUUGGAGCAACUGGUCUUUUGUCAGGGCUCUUAAGUUUAUUGUUGCCAGAGACCUUAAAUAGCCCUUUGUUAGAAACUAUUUCAGACCUGCAGGUAUGCUCGUACUGGAGGCUGGGUGAUGAAACCAUGUCAUUGCAAGCCCUAGAUGGCUCACAGUCUGGAGACAAAGACAGUUCUGCAGGGAGUGGAAGUGAAGAUGAGGAGUUUUAUGAUGCUGAUGAAGAGACUCACAUGAUCAAAUAAUGGAAAGAAGAAACACUGGCCUGUUUGAUGCCUUUUCUUACUUGUCCAGUUAGUCCAGCUGUAAGACAAGUACUGAGGACCUCGCCUGUCAGGGAAUGUAAUUGGGCAAGUGCCUGUGUUUUUUCCUGACUGGGAGAGGGGUUUGAAUACUAUUCAGACUAAUCACACUACUGAUGUUCUCCAUAUGAGACAGCUGUUCAGAUUCUUGUGGUUCAGAAUGACAGUGCAUAGGCCACAUUUCAAACCAAGUGACACAGCAAGGGUGGGAUCAUAUAUUUCUGAAGCCCAGGAAAUUACCUAGGCUUAGACAGAUUUGGACAGAUCAUUAAUGAACAUGUUUCUCUUGUAUCUUCAAGGUGGUUGAUUUUUGGGUCAGUAUAAAUUGUUAAACUUGAAACCAUCCACUUUUUAUUUUUUUUUCUGUAGGGUGAAAGUGGUUACAGAAUGUACUCUGUGCUACUUCAGUGGGAACAAAUGCCUGAAAUUGUAUGUUAAAAUGGCUUCUGCAUAUUGAGUAGGGGAGAGACAAGGUUUCUUUUGCUGCACACAGACACCUGUUUAUAGAGUUACAGCGUGCAGCUCGUUAGUCAUGAGCUGUGCAUUAGCUUAGUGAUAAUGAAAGGCCAGGAGAAAAGACUACACAAAAGAGCAACCCAUGAAGUCUGCAGACAUAAAGGAUAUUACUAAUUCUUUCUUUUUUUUCCUUUUCAUCUACCGAGCAUUUUCUUGGACUGUCUUAUGCAUAUGUUUGGCACAUGUUCCCCACAUCUCCACACUGCUGUUUAUAGCUUUGCCCACUUUUACCUUGUCCUCACUUUGCCAUACAUUUUGAAGCUCAGCAACUUCUGUGUGCAGUGAAAUAAUUCUGUGAAGGAUAUCAUUUCAUGGGUGGGACAUAGAGUAUGUAUUUCAUUUUUGUGGAUCUAUCUCUGUUUAUUUCUAGAAAAAACUCAACUCUGAAGUGAUAAGAGGAACUAUGGGUUUCUGUUACAGUUUGGGGUUUAUUGCCGGGAAGCUGCUAUAGCAUUUAUUCAAAAUUCUUAUGUGUAGAUAAAGUUCUCAUUUAAAAAAAAAAAAAAGACUAAUCUCUUUGAGACAACUUUUGGUUACCUAACUUUGCUUCUUAACCAGGUGCUUGUUCAAGCACUUGAUUACUUGACCUUAUUGAGGAAGACAACUUCAGUGUCCUGUUCACACUGAACUUUUUGUAAGUGUUUCAUUAGAAGGAUGUGGAAUCUUCAAAUAUAAAACAUGAACAUGUGAAAUGUUCCAAUUACAAAGAUGAGUCCUUGCAAGGAUUCAGUUUUCUUAAUUACAUUGUUGUCUUCAUCCUCCAACCUGUGGCUUUCUAUUUAUUAAGAUUGAUUUCCAUAAAAUAUUUGUUAGUCUUUCUACUUGGAGUUCCUAGCAAAGUCCUACACAAUGGCAGCAAGUGUAUUGUCAGACUUGCUAGCCAUUUUUGUGGAUGUUAGACUAAAAAAAAAAGAUGGAAAAACAUAAUCUAAAAGGUGACUGCUGAAUAUUUUUUGGUUAAAGUAGGAAGCUCCUUUACUCUGAGAAGAAGUGAAAGUGAGCAGCAUCUGGAGCUUGCAGCUAGCUGCUUGAGCAGAGGCAGCCCAGAGAUUGCAGCUUCAUAUAUGCAGUGCUCUCACUUGUCCUGAACUUGAUCCAGAUGCUGACUGUGAGCAAAGCUGGGAGCUUCAGUCCCUAUGGACAAUGUGUCAGUAUUCUUGUGAUUUUUUGCCUGUGUUAGGAGCUUCUAGUCUGCUGUCUUUACUUGCUUUUUCCAGACUGAAUAGUUGUUGCAGAUGUGGCAGGGCACUUUUAAAUCGAGCUGGAUAGUCUUUCUGCCUUAUUUGGCCCUUUUGUGUGCAAGAAAAUUACUCCAAAUAAGGUACUCAGAAAUACUUGGAAAGGUUGAAUCUAUUUGUUCAAGUAACUUUUUAGCUUUGCAUUCACAUUUUGAAAAAUGUGCAUUCACAGCUUGAAAAAUGACUUUUUGUUGCUGAUGGCUUCUAAAGAAAUAAAACCUGCUUCCUUAGAAGUCAACAGUGGCAAGUCCAGUGGUAUUAAUGUGCUUCUAAGACCCAACAGGUUUUUUUAGGUGUUUGCUGCCUCUGUCUCUCUUUGGACGGUAGGUGGAGUAAGUCACCUGAGAGGCAGACAGGCAUAGUUAGCCUUCCUCCUCCCCAUAGUCUGACUGUCAUUAUCGAGUACUGGCAACCCUGAUCAUGCAAUGGGACACCUCAACAUAAUUUUCAUUAGAAGAGUACGGUGCUGUAGUGGUUCAGGUGUAGAAGAUCACUCUUCACAGGACCUGAACUGGAUUUUGUGACAGUCCUCAACUUAUAAUUAAACUUACUUGUCCACUCAUGUACUUUUAUACGAUAAGUAUACAUAUAUAAAAUUGCAAAAACAAGAGUGAAGAAAACA